CAACCUGCUACCGAUCGACAAGUGCGUGAUUGUCCAUUCACGCUCCACCUUUCAAUUAUCUGUAUAGAAGUUUAAGAAUAAUAUCGAGUUACACGGCAGUUGAAAAGUUGCAGUCACAACGAAUCAAAACACGUCUCUUGAAAAAAAAAGUUGCUUGUCAGAAUAUGUACCCAGACCGAUUUGUAUUCGGUGGAAAAUAAUUUUUUUACUAAUGCUUUUUGGUUUACGUUUAGAAAAAAUUCACUAAAGAAGAAAACGAAGGUGACAACAAAGAAAUAGUUAAAAAGUAGAAAUAGUCGUACAAAAAAAGAACAAGUCAAAUUUAAAGAAGAAAAUUUUAAUCCUUUUAUUCUGCAUAAAGCUUUUACAGACAUUAGUAUUAACGGAAAUUCACAAACAAACCACUGACGAAAUGACUGCUUCUGCUACUUAUAUUAAAUUGAAAGAUGCAAUUGCAAUUGUCCCAAUAUUUGAUAAAAAAGAGUUGCUUGAAGAUUUUUUAGAAUCUGUUGACUAUGCGUAUGAUUUGAUUGCGCCUACUGAACGAGCUACUUUUCUUAAACUUGUACAGAUAAAAAUAGGGUUUGAAGCUAGAAAAAUCUUGAAAGAUGCAAAAUUUACUACUUUGUCGCAAUUAAAAGAACACCUUCACGCGUUAUACAAUUCUGGGCUGACUGUCAGCAUGUUACAGAGCUUGCUUGCACAACAAAUGCAGCAAGAAAAUGAGAGUGUACUUACGUUCGCGAAUAGAAUCCGUGAUUUAGGAAAUCAAAUUAUUCGAGCACAAAAAUGCAAAGGGGAUGUCCCUGAUCAUUUUAAAGAAAGCACUAAUAAAAGUCAACAAGAAAGUUUUAGAAAUGGGCUACUAGAUACAAUUUCUAUACGAUUACCAGCCACCAAUGAUUUGAAUGAGUUAAUGAAAGAGGCUAUUAGAAUUGAAAAGUCACUAAACAUAAAACGCGAGAUGAGAAAAAGAUUAGAAAAAUAGUAGCAUUUGUAAUCACACUAAUCAUAUUACCGAUAAUUGACACAAUGACUAUGUUGCUAUUUUAACUAAAAAAAAGAAAACAAAACGCUACCCAUGAAAACUCUUAUGCUAGAUCAUCGCGUAUUUAUUGUGAAAAUCGGGUUAUACAAAUUGAUUAAUGUUUUAAGCGGGCUGAAGAUAUAUCUGAUAAUGCAAUUGUAAUAGAGUCAAGUAAUAUUUAAAUUAAUUGUGCGAUUAGGGUAAAGUUAAAUUUUUAUUAUA